CACUCUGAAAAGGAAGAGAUGGAGCAGUGUAGCAGCAGGUUGUACUCAGGACCUCUGUCCCUGGAGGCCCAGAAGAUUCUGGCUGUCUUGCGGGCCCAAAGUCUACAUGCAGCCAGACGCAGCAACAACUACUCCUACAAUCACAGGCAAAGUCAGUCAGGGCACAAGCACAGAAAAUCUCAUUUAAGCUUUUCACAGCAUAUUAUAUAUAUAUAUUUUAAAAAAUUCAGACCAUGGUUCAGGCCCCAGGUGUCCUCCUCCUCCACUUCUUACCAUGACGCCUCCAAUCAGCCGCAGAGCUCUCAGACCUUAGCCUGCUAUCAGCACUCGCAGACAUCAGCCUGCUCCCUGUCAUCUGAGGCCUCCUCCGGUUUCUCCUCCUGCUGGGAUUCCUCACUCCAAAGGCACACGUCUCAUACUGAAGCCUAUUAUCGCUGCUCACAGAUGUAUUCCCACAGAAAGUACUCCGAACCCCCUGCUCGCCUGUCCGGUCAGGCACCGUCAUUCACUCAGCAUGAGGGGACAGCAGCAUCUUUCUUCCAAAGAGACAGAUACACCCUGUCUCUCCAAACACCCAAGAGACUCUGUGAACACCAAGUAUGGAGAAACUCCACUGAAGAAAUCAGGCCACUUUUCAUCCACAAUUUUUAUCCAGACAACAAGGAUCCUGAUAAGGUUUUGUUCCCCACAACUGAACACCCUAAUACCCAUGAAGCAGAGCCUGCUGUGGCUUGUUGCAGAGAUUCUUCUUGCCCUAAAAUAAGUGAAGAGCCAGAUAAAGACACAUCAGAUGCACAGGAAGAAAAAGGUGCAGAGAGCUUGCAUAUCUCUGGAGGAAAGCUCGACCACAUGUUAACUUCAGACAGCCAAGAAAAAUGGAAGCUACCUCUAUCCAGCUUCUCUGCAGAGGUCAUUGGUAAAAAUGGAGGCAUACUUUAUCACCAGUCAGAGGAAAAGGUUCAGCAACUAGUAGAUUCAGACAAUAUGAUGCAGGCAGGUGCAGCACAGAUGUCAGACAGAGGACAUGAAAUGCAGGAUGGAGUAACUUUUAACAAGACAAGACAUCCGCAUGCACCCCUAACAAAUGAGAAAGGAUCAGCCAAUGAAAUGGAAGGACUUCUACUUUUGGGAACCAAUGACAACUUUAGUUCGAAGGGGAUCUUGAACUUUGAUAAUAUGGAUACAAGCUUCCAUUGUUAUUCUGAGGAUACAAAGUCUGAGCAGGAAGAAGAAAAUGUCAAUACAGCUGAAAUCAAAGAAGUUGAACAUCCACCUGGCAUCGUGAACAAAGAGAUACCAGUGGGAUGUCAUACCGGCAGUCCAAUGCCAAUCUCCUUAUCUUUACAAAUUGAAGAACAUGAGGUGAGCCACUGCCAAUCUGAAAACACCCAGGAAAUGAGUCACACAAUGAGUGAAACAGCAGAGAAGCAGCACACAGAAAACUCACUGAUGUGGCGUGAGCCCACCAAAUUAGUCCUGGGUAACACCUGUGCUGAUAACCUGGAGAAAACCACAGAGAGGAGACUAGACGUGACGGAGGUUGUUUUGGAAGUGCAGAGGGAGAGCUGUGAAGGUGUUGACACAAGCACUGAGGAAAAGAUGGAGACUGAGCAGCAGCUUUGUUCUGAUGUCCAAACAAGAGAAAGACAGUGUGGGACAGACUACAGAGAGGUCAAUGAGUUACCUGGAGGAGACACUGAGACAGCAGAGAGGGCAGAAGACAGACAUGAGCUUGUGAUGCCACCUGUGGAUGGCCAAAAUGGGAGUAUGUUUGCAGAGGAUUCAGGUAGAGAAAGUCGUUCCACGCCAAUACUGUCCCAGGAGCGCAGGGCAAAGAGGUCACGGUUCAGAGCUCCUGGUCUCCGUGGGAACCACCAGCACCAUGACAACAGCCAAACUUCUGCAACCGACAGACCCCUCAAAAACAAACAGGCCAGAUGUGGGCCUGAACAGUCAACAAACGAGCUGAAGAUGUGCAUUGAGGAGGUUAACGAUAAUAAGCAGUCCAAAGCUGGCUGUUUGACUGCAAGCCUUACAUCUGACCCCAGAGUGAAGGAUUCUGGAAAGAUGAAUCAACACGAGAAAAUGCGAAUGCUUGAGAUGGCAGGGAAGACAAAGGCGCUGAUGCUAACCUUGGUGUACCGGGAUGGAACAACUCAGUUAGACCCAGAACAGAAGCUCACUCCGGCAGUGUGUGGCCUUCUUGUACUGAUGAAGAACAACCUCGACCACAGCACGCCAGAGGACUCGUUCGGGCCAAACGACAGUCUGGUCUACUUAAAACUGGAGCACACACCUGCAUGGGCCCAGCAACACACACACCAGAGCCAAGAGCUCUUUACCAGAGAUAUGCUGCUACAGGUCCUCUCAAGAACUCAACUGGUGGUGUGCUACAAAGCCAAGGAUUUUCUUCGUACAGCUCUGCAGUUUUACAGAGGAGACCUCAGCUGGAAACAAGUGGCAAGAUGUCAUAUCCAGGACCCACAGGUGUCAGGGUGGCUGCUGGAUCCUGCAAAUCCCUCUUCCUGCUACCAAGAUCUUCUCAAUAAGCACUGCAAACGACCCCAUACAGUACCUGCCCUAGGUACCAAGAAGGUUUCUCAGGUCAUCUCAGGUCUCUGUUCACUCUACUGGCUCAACAUGGAGCUCUGCUUUAAACUACAGAGCCGGGGCCUGUGGAUGCUAUACUCAGACAUGGAGCUGAAAAUGAUCUCUGUUCUGGCAGUAAUGGAGAGCCAUCGCAUCCAUGUGGACAAAGAAGCUCUUAAGAGAACUUCAGACCUGCUCGGGGCUAAAAUGAAGCAGUUGGAGCAGGAAGCCCACAGAGCAGCUGGACAAAUUUUCCUGGUCACCAGCAACUCUCAACUACGAACUGUCCUGUUUGAGAAGCUUUCCCUCCAUGAACGCUGCGAGAACAAGAAACUCCCCAAGACCAUCAAUAAACAGCAGUCGACAUCAGAAGCUGCGUUGCUGCAGCUUCAGGACCUGCACCCUCUGCCAAAGAUCAUUCUGGAGUACAGACAGGUUCACAAAAUCAAGUCCACUUUUGUCGAUGGGAUUCUCUCAUGCAUGAUGAGAAAGAGCUACGUUUCCUCUUCGUGGCACCAGACGAGUGUGGUGACAGGGAGAAUCUCAGCCAAGCACCCAAACUUCCAGGCCCUGCCGAGACAGCCACUUCAAAUCACCAAGAUGCAGCACAUCCAAGGAAAAGAGGAGGAGGUGGUGACUGUUCAUCCUCGGGCAAUGUUCAUUCCUCAAGAAGGGUGGACUUUUCUUGCUGCAGACUUUUGCCAGGUGGAGCUGCGUCUGCUGGCUCACCUCUCCUCUGACCUGAGCUGCUCCGCAUUUUCAUCAACCCGCAGGCUGACGUCUUUUACCAUGUUGGCCUCUCAGUGGAAGGGGGUGAGUGAGAGUGAAGUGACUCCUGAGGAUCGGGAACACGCCAAACGCAUCGUCUACUCUGUUGUGUACGGCGCCGGUCGUGAGCGUCUGUCAGGGAUCCUCGGGGUGAGCGCUGAGCAGGCCAGCCGCUUCCAGGACAGCUUCCUGCAGACCUACAGAGAAGUCCAGUCCUUCAUCCAGAGGACAAUCCAGCAGUGCCACAAACAAGGUUAUGUGCUCUCCAUCAUGGGUCGUCGACGAACCCUCCCUCACAUCAGCUCCCCUGAUUGGGGCAUCCGCAUGCAGGCUGAGAGACAGGCUGUCAACUUUGUAGUCCAAGGUUCUGCUGCUGAUCUCUGUAAGAUGGCCAUGAUCAGAAUCUUCAACCUGGUCGCCUCCAGCUCGCUCUCUGCCAGGCUGGUAGCACAGCUCCACGAUGAGCUUCUGUACGAAGUGGAGGACUCCCAGGUGGAACAGUUUGCAGCUCUGGUGAGGAGCACCAUGGAGUCCCUUCAGCACAUCGACCAUCUUGGAGUCCAUCUUAAGGUCCCCCUGAAGGUGGCAGUCUCCAGUGGCAAGUCUUGGGGAUCAAUGUCUGAGCUUAACAUCUCUCCAGUGUCUCCUCUCUGAGUCUUUCCUCCUCCCUUCCUAAUUUUAU